UAGGGCAGGUAGUGGCGCCUCUUGUACCAUUUCUCCCAAGUUGUUUCCAAUCUGCAAAAGUACAGUUGAGUCCCAAUGCCUAACCAUGGAAAGCGAAAACAUGACUCUGAAGGCGAACCCUCCAAACGAGUCAAAAUGAUUGCAGCAUCUGGUAACGCAGCGAAGGAGAGCACAACCGUGAAACCAGCCCCGGAUUUGAACACUAAGGAUGUUCAGAACGCCGAUAAUAGGCGAGAGAAAUCAGACAAGAAACUAGCGCAGGAAAAAGGCAGCACACUGGCUAACGAUGGGUCUUCCAAAGACAAGUCAUCGGAGCGUAACAAGUCAAAUCGAAGGAAAUUGGCUCCUGUCCGCCCAUUUCCUACUGUACCCACUUCAGUGUCUGCCACUGGGCCACGCUCAGCACAUACAGAGGGCAAAAAUUACAUUUGUAUCACACGUAAAACAAAGCUCGGGGCAUAUUUACGGAGGUGUAAAAACGUUUUUCUCAAAGAUGGGUACAAAACGCUUCACAUGAGCGCGAUGGGUGCAGCCAUCCCUCACCUUGCAUUGCUUACUUUAUCCUUACCACCAAUUCUGCCUUUCCCUCCGGAUGAAGUACAUACUUCGAUCACGACAGGAUCCGUGGAAGUGCAUGAUGAGGUCAUCCCGGAAGACGAAGACGAAGACAUUGACUAUCAGACGAGGACGAAGUCAACACUGAAUGUAGUCAUAAAGAUUGGCGAUGGUGACGAGCAGCAGGCUGUUGAAAAGGUGAAGAAGGUUCAGAAAAAGGCACAAAAGCAGCGCAAGGGUCCUGAAGCCAAGGGACGCAUACAGCAAACCGACAAACCUGAACAGAUAGUUCUUCAAGAACCGGAGCAGGAUGACAUGGAUUUUGAUCGAGUCAUAUUUUAGCUUCACCGAGUAGCAGCGAGGAGCUAUUUUUCGAUCUUUGGGUUACUCGAUUUACAACCACGAAUAGCCCACCACUAUUGUCCCGUGGGGUACCAGUCACAACCACGAGGUCUGCCUGCUGUGCAUCGCCCUAUAAGAAACACAAAUGGAGCAAAGGUUAUUACCUACAGAUCGUACUGGGAGCACAUAUUGUUAUAUUACAGGAGUUUCCUCGCAUUUUGACGGCCCACGCAUUUCCCCAUCACGUAGUAUAUUGUUCACUGGCGGAUUCCUGGUCAUUUCAAGCUUUCUAAACGCGAACAUCUUCUGCAUCGAUGUUAUAUGGGCUUCGAAGAACCAUAAUACUCUCGAUCCAUAAUAUAAAGACUACUCUGCGUCUUGCUCUAAAUUAUUGAUAAUACCUUCUUCAGUG